ACGAAAGAGAAUUCAUUGUUACGUGGAUGGUAAUUGUGAUAGAUUUUUUGAUGAUUUUUACAAUCUCAAAGGUCUUAUUAUCCUAAAUAUGUAUAGAAUUAUAUAGUCAUUCUUCUACGUAAUUGAUAAAUUUUUGCUUACAUACAUAUUGUUAAACAAACAAACCAACAAACAAAAAAAAAGGAAAGAGGAAUAAUAAUAAUGAUAAUAUUGAAAAAAAAAACUUACCCUAUAUUGACACUGUUAGCGGUUAGGCAAUUACCAUUAAUUGAAUUGAACAUCUCUUGCACCUGAGAAAAUAGGUUCUGUAUAUCGCUUCAGCAAUGAUCGCUUUUAUUCAGCGUAAUAACUUCCAACAUAUUUUAAUAAAGUACGGGGCUCCUUUACGUACAUAUAUACAUAUAUACAUACAUACAUACAUACAUAUAUAUAUAUAUAUAUAUAUAUAUAUAUAUAUAUACAAACAAUUAUUUCGAGAGACAAGGGAAUAUAAAUAAAUUUUUCAGGUUUUGUUCGAUAUACUUCCGUUUAUACGUUGUUGCGUUCAACUAUAAAAAUAUUAAUCAUUGUACACUGAAAAAAAGAAAAAAAAACAACAAACAAACAUAUAUGAAAGAGAGACUAUCAACAUCAUGAUCCAACUAUUACACAUAGAUUAAUUAAUGAGUACAUAAAUUUUAAUUAUAUUAUUUUUAUUAGUUGUCGCAAGUGAAGACUAUAAAUGUGAUUUAAAUCUCUUAACUCUUUUAUUGCUCUAUAUAAUUCUACAAAUUGAACAACAACAAAUCUCUAAAGUGAUUUAUUGACUUAUAUACACACUCAACAAUUAUUACCUUUAAUUAUUGCAACAAUUAUUAUUAUUAAUUAUUAUUAUUAAUUAUUAUUAUUAUUAUUAUUAUUAUUAUUAUUAUUAUUAUUAUUAUUAUUAUUAUUAUUGUUUCUACGACUUGCGUUAAAAAUUGUCUGAAAUUAUUUUUGAUCUUCGUGCUAUAUGUAUAAUGGUAUUCGUAUAUAUGUAAAAGAAAAUAGAGCGGGGAGUAUUAAAAGGAGAUCGUAAAAAAAAAAAAAAAAAAGAAAAAAUAG